AUGAUCCAAGAUGUGCCUCUAUGGACAAGGACAUUUCUAUACGAGGAUGACUACAAUGGCCAGAUUAUGAUUCCCAGAAUAAAGAGGUUGCAAGAAGAGUGGAAUGACCCGGUAACAAUACCUAUGGGUCAAAACUCAUGGUGUACUCUCGAGUACUACGUUUGGAUUAACGAAGAAGAAGAACUGGCUCACCCGAGCAGAGAGGGAUCCAUUGACCAUAUGUUGCCAUCAGCUAAAGAGGAUGAUCGAGUAGUGGAGUGCAUCCAGAUAGAGUCUAGCAUAGAGCCAGAACAAGAUCUGAAGGAGGAGUCUGAAUGCAAUGAUGAUGAGGGAGAGUUUGAGGAAGACCCAGAAGAGGAGCCAGAAGAAGAAAAGGACACAGGAAAGGACUCAGUGGAUGGUUAUUAG